ACUGAUGUGUUAAUUAACAAAAUGACUGCUCUGUUUGAACAGUGAUGAACCCAGAAAACCUCAUUAAACCUUUGAUUUUCUGCAAAAGCACAAAGCUUUGGAGAAGAAAACCCACAAAGACUGAAGCUUUAUAAAGAAAACCAAAAUGGGUAGCAUUAAUCAGAUAGCAUUGGGUUGCGGAAUAGCUACAGUGAGACUUCCAAUGGCGAAACCAUCGUGGGCCGUCGUCAGAGCCGAGCUUCCCAAAGCCCCUGAUCUCUAUGCUGAGCGCUCUGUUUCCAUAAGUGGGUCUUCCUCCUCUCGCCGGCGUGAUCUCGUUUUCGUCGUCAAUCCUUCAGGGGCUAAUGGGAGGACUGGUAAGGAGUGGAAGAAGCUGCUUCCGUAUUUGAGGUCUCGUCUUGGUGCUGAUUGCAAUAUAUGCGAGUCUUUAACAUCAGGUCCUUCUCAUGCAAUCGACAUAACACGGGAGGCUAUACGGGAGGGUGCAGAUGCUGUAAUCGUGGUGGGAGGAGAUGGGACUUUGCAUGAGGUUGUGAAUGGAUUCUUUUGGGCCGGAAAACCUGUUACUAAUUACGAUAGAGAGGCCACCCAUUCAACUGCCCUUGGUCUCAUUCCGUUGGGAACUGGGUCCGAUUUUGCCAGAUCAUUUGGCUGGAAAAAUAAUCCUUAUGAAGCCAUCGAACGCAUAGCCAAAGGACAGAGAUCACGGAUAGAUGUUGGAGUUAUUAGUGGAGAAACUGAAGAACCUCAUUACUUUAUUAAUGUUGCUGACAUUCACUUGAGUGCAAAAGCAGGAUACCAUGCUUCUAAGUACAAGAGAUUCGGAAACUUGUGCUAUGUUAUUGGUGCUUUGAAAGGCUUUAUUGGGCACCGUAAUCAGGACCUUAAGAUCAAGGUCAAUGAAGGGGAAUGGGAAGUAUAUCCUCAAGUAACAGCCCUUUGCAUUGGAAAUGCAAAAUACUUUGGUGGUGGCAUGAAAAUUACACCAAAUGCUGAUCCUCAGAAUGGAAAAUUUGAGGUUGUGAUUCUUCAGGAUUUCAAGUGGUAUGACUUUGUCUUGAAGCUACACAAGCUGUACAAUGGGACCCAUCUAUCGGUGGAAAAUGUAUCUUCAAGAAGCGUACAUUCUAUUGAAGUGGAGGAGAUUUCAGGAAGUGGCAGCAUUUAUGUUCAAUCAGAUGGCGAACAUUUAGGAUUCCUGCCUAGGAAGUUUUGUAUAUUACCUUCUGCUGUCGAGAUGAUAUGUUGACAUGAUGCUGGAACUUGUGCUUGGUGCUUAUUGAAGAAUAGAGUUCACAGAGUAUCUAAGCAUCAGAACUGAUGCUGCAGAGAAAAUAGACUGGACAGUUCUUUCUCAUGGAAUAAUCAAAUCAGAUAGAGUUCAACAAACUAUAAUAUACACACAAGUGUUUACAUAACUGAAGCCAAACAAACUAUGAUAGAG